AUGGAAGAUCCCAGUCCAGUCAUCUCCCCCAUCACCCCCGGCAGCGUCAUGUGCGACCCCCCGCUGAGAGCCGGAGGAGAGGCCCCCAGGAGACAGAGACCCGAGGACCGGGGCGCUCCAGGGGACAUGGCCCGGAUCAUCACAGACUCAGCCGCGGGGAAGUGCUACUGUCGCGGGAAGGUGCUGGGAAAGGGAGGUUUCGCCAAGUGCUAUGAGCUCACGGACCUCUCCACCAGCAAAGUGUACGCCGCCAAAAUCAUCCCGCACUCUCGGGUCUCCAAGCCGCACCAGAGGGAGAAGAUCGACAGAGAAAUCGAGCUCCACAAAGCGCUAAACCACAGACACAUCGUGCACUUCUACCACCACUUUGAGGACAAGGAGCACAUUUAUAUUCUGCUGGAGUACUGCAGCAGGAAGUCGCUGGCCCACAUCCUGAAGGCUCGGAAAGUCCUCACAGAACCCGAAGUGCGGUACUACCUCCGACAAAUCGUAUCAGGACUCAGAUACCUCCACGAGCAGGAGAUCCUCCACAGAGACCUCAAGCUGGGUAACUUCUUUGUGAGCGAGUCCAUGGAGCUGAAGGUCGGAGACUUCGGACUCGCCGCCAAACUGGAGCCCGAGGGGAACCGGAGGAAGACCAUCUGUGGGACCCCCAACUACCUGUCCCCUGAAGUUCUGAACAAGCAAGGCCACGGCUGCGCGUCCGACAUCUGGGCCCUGGGCUGCGUCAUGUACACCAUGUUACUGGGCAGACCUCCGUUUGAAACCACGAACUUAAAGGAGACGUAUCGCUGCAUCAGAGAGGCGCGGUACUCUCUCCCCUCCUCUCUCUCGCCUCAGGCCAAGCAGCUCAUCAGUGGGCUCCUGUCCAAGACCCCAGAGGACCGGCCAGACCUGGACCAGAUCCUCCGACACGACUUCUUCACCCAGGGUUUCUCUCCGGAGCGUCUCUCUCCCAGCUGCUGUCACUCUCCUCCAGACUUCCACGUGUCCAGUCCGGCCAAGAGCUUCUUCAAGAAAGCAGCAGCCGCUCUGUUUGGAGGCCGCAGAGACAAAGUCAAGUACUUUGAGACUCUGAACAAACUGACAAAAGAGGAGGAGGAAAUCUACAAACUACAACACAAUCUGGAACGCACCGUGAUCAGCCAGAACCGCAGAAUCACAGAGAACGGAAACGCCGGAAGCCCCGUCGCCGUGGCAACGGAGAGCCCGCCCCCGACAUCGCAAGACACCAUCCGGUUGAUCGUGAGAGGCAGUCUGGGCAGCUGCAGCUCCAGCAGCGAGUGUUUGGAGGACAACUCGAGCUGUGGCGUGGCUCAGACCGUGGCCGGGGUGUUGAGAGGCUGUUUGGAGAACAUGCCCACAGCAGAGAGUCUGGCCCCGGGCCCCGGCUCCUGCAGUCUGCAGUGGGUCACUAAGUGGGUGGACUACUCCAACAAGUACGGCUUCGGGUACCAGCUGUCGGACCACACUGUGGGGGUGCUGUUCAACAACGGGACGCACAUGAGCCUGCUGCCCGACAGGAAAACCAUCCAUUACUACGCAGAGCAGGGCCAGCGCUCCGUCUUUCCCACCUGCGAAGUCCCUGAGCACUUUGUGGGACAAGUGACGGUGCUCAAGUACUUUUCUCACUACAUGGAGGAGAAUCUCAUGGACGGUGGAGACCUGGGCACCAUGACAGACUCCCACAUGUCUCGGCUGUACCUGCUGCAGUGGCUGAAGUCGGACCGCGCCCUCAUGAUGCUCUUCAACGACGGCACGUUCCAGGUGAACUUCUACCAUGACCACACCAAGAUCAUCCUGAGCUGCCAGCGGGACCAGUACACGCUCACGUACAUCAACGAGGAGCGGGUUUCCAGGUCCUUCUCCCUGGGCUCUCUCCUGACGUCCGGCUGCACCUCGGACUUGCGGCAGCGCAUGGUCUACUCCCUCAACAUGCUGCUGCAGCGCUGUAGCUAG